AUGAAUUUUCGUAAAACAGUUGGAGUAAUUGCAUUUAUUUGGAUCUUAAUUGAAGAUAGUGCACUUAGUCCAUUUCUUGUUAUUGCACCACUAUCAACACUUACAAAUUGGUGUAUUGAAUUUGCACCGAAUAUAGGUAAAAAAAGACAAAUAUCGGGGAAAUCUUUAAAUGAAUGUUUUCAGAUUACUUGCGUGGUCUAUCAUGGAAAUAAAGAAAGAGAAGAUAUUAUUGCAAAGAAAAUGAGAGGUUGUAGUGCCAUAUUUCUGCUUCUUCAUGCUUGUACACAUCCAUAUUUACUUGAUGCACCACAAGAUGCAAAUGCAGAAUUAAUAACAAAUAGCGGACAAUUUAUUUUAUUAGAUAAAAUGCUUGUAAAAUUAAGUAAAACAAAUUAUAAAGUUUUGAUCUUUUCAAUAUUGAUGACUUUUCUUGACGUACUUGAAGCAAUGUGUGAACAUCAAUAUUAUGAUUAUAUAAUAUUUGAUGGUAAUAAAAAUUUUGAAGAAAGAAUUGAUGCUAAUCUAAUGAUUGAUAUUCAAGCACAAGAUCGUGCUUAUUGUAUAGGACAAAUAAAACUAGUUGUUGUUUAUCGAUUUAUUGUUCGAAAUAUAAUUGAUGAACAUGUAUCCCGAGAAGAAAGCAUCCGUUUUGACUAG